AUGAAAAUUGAUGAGAUUGCUCGCACGUCGACGUUUGCUUGGAGUCCGGAUAACUUGCCGUUGUUAGCAACUGGUACUGUUGCAGGCACCCUCGAUAUCAACUUCAGCUCAUCAAUUACUUUGGAAUUAUGGGACAUAUUUUCCUCCACGAAUUCAAAAUCACCAAUCUUUUCUGCUCCCGUUGAAAACAGAUUCUAUGCCUUGGCCUGGUCAAAGCCAUUUGAAGGAAGACCUCAAGGUUUAUUAGCCGGUGCUUUUGAAAACGGUCUUGUUGAAUUCUGGGAUGCUGAUAUCUUGAUAAAAACCAAGGAUCUUGCACAGGCUUCAGUUUACAAAUCCCAAAAACAUACUGGUGCUGUCAAGUCAUUACAAUUUAAUCCGAUCCAAAAUCAUGUUCUUGUCAGCGGUGGAUCUCAUGGUCAAAUCUUUGUGUGGGAUACCAAGACAUUUGCUGAACCAAUUGCUCCUGGUCAAGCCAUGAGCCCUAUGGAUGAAGUAACUUGUGUUGCUUGGAAUAAUUCCGUUAGCAACAUUCUUGCCAGUACAGGUAAUGGUGGUUACACUUCAAUUUGGGACUUAAAGCAUAAAAAGGAACUUUUACAUUUGUCUUACUCCGGACCUAAUGGAAAGGCAAACUUUUCUCAUGUUGCUUGGCAUCCAACCAUAUCAACCAAAUUAAUUACUGCUAGUGAUAAUGAUUCUUGCCCAUUACUAUUAACUUGGGAUUUGAGAAAUGCCAAUGAACCAGAGCAAAUAUUAGAAGGACAUAAAAAGGGAGUAUUGUCAUUGGAUUGGUGUAAACAAGAUCCAGAAUUAUUGGUUUCUAGUGGUAAGGACAACACCACCAUUUUGUGGAAUCCAGUCAAGGGAAUUAAGUUGGGUGAAUACCCUACAAGCUCAAACUGGGCAUUUGAAACAAGAUUUGCUCCUGCUGCACCUGAUAUUUUUGCUACUGCUUCAUUUGACGGGAAAAUUAUUGUUCAAUCAAUCCAAGAUACUUCUCCUCCAGUUGCUGCUAAGGUUAAUACCAAUGAAGAUGACUUCUGGAAUGACUUAUCUACAGUAGAUAUCCACCAGCCUGUUAUUGAAGUUAGACAAGCACCUCAGUGGCUUAAAAAAACUAGUGGGGCAACUUUCGGGUUUGGUUCCAAGUUAGUAACUUUGAAAACUGGCCCCGAUGGAAAAUCAAUAGUAUCUAUUGAAAAAUUCAUUUCUGGUGGUCAAGAAACUUCUAUUAAAUUAUUUGAUGAUUUAAAGGCAGAUAAUUACACUCUGAUAAUUGAAGCCAAAUUGACUAGUGAAGCGGUUAAUCCUCACGAUAGGGCUGAUUGGGAAGUCUUGAAUAAGUUGUCCCAAACUGGAAGAGAAUCUUUGUUCAAGAAUGAAAUUGAAAGCCAACCAGUUGCACCAGUUCAAGAAAGUUUGCUUGAUUUAAAAACCGAAAAUGGUGAUGAUGAUUUCUUUGCUCACUUAGGAAAUGGCCCAACAAUGACCAAGAGGGAUUCUACAUUUGUUCCUUCCGGGAACUUUAAAAUCUUUUCUGCAACUGAAAAUGAAAGUAACAAGAAGUUGAUUAGUUUGAUUUUGGCAAAUAAGAUUGAUGAAGCUAUUUCUACUUGUUUGGAUCAAGAUAGACUUGUGGAAGCCCUGAUUUUAGCUUUGGAUGCUUCAGAAAAGGCCAAGGAAAAGGUGAGAAGUGCAUACUUUACAAGUAAAGGAGAUGAUAACGUUUGUAGAAUUAUUUACAAUGCCUCAUCUAAGAAUGUUACUGAUUUAGUUGCUCAUGCUGAUGUUGAGAACUGGAAGGAAAUUGCUGUCGCUAUUUCUUCCUUUAGUUCCGAUACUGACGAAUAUAAUAACAAGAUGACUGAAUUGGGUAAUCGUAUUUUACAUGCAGGCGCUGGUGACAGUCAAAGAGAUCAAGCUAUUUUAUGUUUCUUGGCCGGUAAUGCAUUGGAUCAAAUUGCUCAUAUUUGGUUAAAGGAAUUGCCAGAAUAUGAAUCGGAAUUGUUGUUAUCAGGAACCUCAGGUGUUUCUUCUCCAUCUGAUGCUCGUCUUCAAGCAGUUACCAACUUUGUGGAAAAGAUUGCCACCUACAGACAUCUUACUGGUGCUACUGGGGAAAUCACUGGCCCUAUGGUUGAACCAGUUUCCAAGGUUGUUUUAGAAUUUGCAAAUUUGGUUGCUGGAAGUGGUGAAUUUGAAUUGGCUAACAAGUUUUUGCAAAUAUUACCUAGCGAAUUUGCUGGUACUGAAAAGGAAAGAAUUUCAAAGGCAACAUCAACCACAGUCUCCGCUGCCAGAGUUGCUCCUGUUAACAAUGUUGAUGUCUCUAGUGCCCGUGGUGCUCCUUCUAGAUUAACUUCAUCAUACGCUCCAGCUGUGUCUAGUGGAUAUCCAACUACUUCAGCAUACAAUCAAGCACCAGCUCAACCUUACACCCAACCAACUUAUAAUCAACCAUCUUCGUAUGCUCCAAGACAACCAAGUGUUGCUUCAGCAGUUCCUCAUGUCAAUCCUUAUGCAAGAGCUGGUAAUCCAUACAUUCCCCCUGCUCCACAUGUUGCUAAUCCAGCUGCACACUUGUCACCUUUGAGUAACCCAGUGGGUAUUAAUGCACCACCUCCUCCGCCUCCAAAAACAGGUGUUAAGAAUGAUACUGAAGGAUGGAAUGAUUUACCGGAUACAUUUAAGCCUAAGGCAGCCCUUGGUCGUGCCGCUGCUGCUGCAACUCCAGUACCUGUCCAACCUGCUCCACAUCAACCAGCUGCUGCACCAACAUCCGCUCCAACAGCAAGAAGAUCAGUUUCCACUCAAUCACUUGCUCCACCACCACGAAAAGGUAGUCGAUCAGCAUCAUCAAAGGUACUUCCAUCAGCAACAUUCUCACCUAAACCACCUCAUGUUGUGACAAAUAGAUAUGCUCCUCCACCUGGAGCUGAAUUGGGUUCACCAGCAUCUACUACAAAUGGAUUUAGUGCACCACCAUCGAAUUCCUCACCAGCAAAGAAGAAUCCAUAUGCACCAACAGGAGAAGUUAACCCAGUUAAGAUUUCAUAUGCACCACCUGCUCCAACACGUUUAGCUUCAGCACCAGUUGCUCCUAUGGCUCCACCACCAAAGAACCCAUAUGCGCCACCUCCACAGGCUUCUCCUUUAAUUCAACAUUCUGCGGGUGUUGCACCACCACCUAAGAUGGGAGGUAUGAUUCCCGCUCCACCACAACCACACUUCGGAGCUAAUACUCCACCUAUCCAACCUGCCUUCAACAAUGUCCCACCUCCACCACGUCAACAUUCUGCUGUUGCUCCACCUCCUCAACGCCAACCUUCUGCUGUUGUACCACCUCCACCACGCCAUGCUUCUGCUGUUGCUCCUCCUCCUCCAAAUCAACAACCUGUGGUAGCAGUACCACCACCACAACAACAACAACCACAACCACAACCAGCUCAUAACCCAUACGCUGCCCCUCCACCACCUCCUCCACAACAACCUGUAGCAACUCCACCACCUCCUCCUCCUCAAGCACAAAAGCAAUUUGCACCACCUCCACCACAACAUGCAGCUCCUCCUCCUAGUCUUCAUCCUCAACCUGCUGCUGUUCCACCACCUCAACCUCAACUCCAACCUCAACCUCAACCUCAAAUUGCCGCUCCUCCCCCAGUUGUUCCGGUUGCUCCAUCACCUCAAGUUAACAAUGUCGCGCCUGUUCAACAAGCACCGGCUGCUGCACCAGAACCAGUAGAACCAGAAAAGAUUAAGCAUGCACCAGGUGAUCGUUCCCAUAUUCCUGAAAGUUCCUUGCCAAUUUAUGAAUCAUUAAACAAGGUAUUAGUAGCUAUCAAACCUAACAUUCCUGCUAAAUACGCCAGACACGGUAAUGAUAUGGAACAAAGACUUAAUAUGUUAUUCGACCAUUUGAACAAUGAUGAUUUGUCCUCUGGUGCCAUUGAAUCCUUAAGACAAGUUAGUACAUCUUUGGAAGCCAGAGAAUUUGAAAAGGCAACUGCAUUUAGCGUGGAGAUUGCCACCAACUACGGAGGUGAGAUUGGAAACUGGCAUAUUGGACUUAAGCGUCUUAUUACAAUGGCCGAAGCAAUGUAUUAG